AUGGGAGUGAAGGUCGACGGUCGGCAGCUACACUAUUUGCGCUUUGCUGAUGACAUCGCACUGAUAACACCUAGCAUCAACCAAGCGGAACGAAUGCUGAUCGAAUUCGACGUAACAUGUGGAUGCAUCGGUUUUCAGAGCUACGUUUAUCUGAGUCGGGAAUUGAACAUGAUGAACGACCUGACCCCCGAGCUGGGCAGGAGACGAGCGGCUUGGGGAACGUAUAAGAGCACCGACGAUGUAGUGAAGACCAGGAACACUCGGCCCCCUGCUCACCUCUUCAACCCCACCGUACUUCCUGCUUUGACUUAUGCUUCGGAAACCUGGGCAUUUCGCAAGCAGGAAGAAAACGUCGUUGAACGCACAGUUGGGAGUGAUGCUAGGAGUAUCCCGUUCCACGCAAAUGAGAGAUGGGAUUCGAAAUUCUCUCCUACGUCAGCAAUCGAAGAUUAG